UGAUAGAUUAUACAGACCAAAAAAUGACAUGCCUGAAUGGAAAUCCAAAUUUUACUGGAAAUGCUGGAAAUUUUUUCAAUCAAAAUACACAGAGUGAUAUUGAAAGCAGAACAAUUAUAAAUAGUACUCCGAACUCAAGACGGGGACCUAAGUAUCCCCAGUACUCAAUUACAUGUAUAAGACUUUCUACUUUUCAAACAUGGCCAACCAGUAUACAACAACAUCCAGAAACUAUGGCAGAGGCUGGGUUUUAUUAUACAGGUAACAAUGACCAUGUAAGGUGUUUUCACUGUGGUAUAGGACUUCAGAACUGGGACUCAGAAGAUAACCCAUUUGUAGAACAUGCUAGAUGGUCUGCAGAAUGUCAGUUCCUCAAAGACAAGAAAGGCUUGGAUUUCAUUGCUACUGUACAAGAUGCUGUCAGGAGAGUGCAAAUGGAGGAAGCAUUGAACACAGAUGGUGUAGCACAGACUUUUGAGAAUGAUUAUGAAGAAGAUGGAAAUGUUAGAUCAGAAGAUACAGGCAAAGAUUUCUUGCCUAGCGGCAAACCUCCAACGAAAGCUGAGAAAAAGAAUCCAUUAUUAACAGAUGCAGCUCAGAGUAUAUUAACAAUGGGAUAUCUACCUAAAGUUAUCAAAACUGUAGUUGAUAAAGUUCUAAGAGAGAAAGGCUGGACAGGUAUGUCUUCAAGAAGUUUAAUGGAAGAGAUAUACAAAAUAGAGGAGAAUGGAGAAAGACCUAAAUCUGAACUUACAAUACCAAUGAGUUCAAACUUAAAGAGUUCUGUUGUAAGCAUGAAGAAGAGCAUGAAGGUCCUUCCAAGAAUUGAUGUAAAGAAGAUAGAACAGGAAAAUCAAGAAAUGAAAGAACAAACACAAUGCAAGAUUUGUUGUGAGGACAUUGUUUCUAUUGUAUUUCUGCCCUGUGGACAUUUGUCAUCCUGUUCACAAUGUGCCCCAGCCCUGAAAUCCUGUCCUGUGUGCAGGUCAGAAAUCAAAGGUUCUGUCAAAGUUCAGUUUAAAAAAUAACCAAGUCAUGUAGUAGUUCUUCUGCCAUUAAUGUUUUAUGAAAAAAUGUAAAAAACAUGUACAUAUGAAUGAUGUAUGUUAUUUCUGAUAUUUUGUGAUUUAUGUAGAUAAGUGGUUUAUAUGAUGAUAAGUAUCUCAUAUUCCCAUAUAUUCUCAUGAUUGUAUUAUUGUAGAGUAAUUCCAUUAUUAAGUGUAAUACAUCAUUUCAAUAAUUUUUAUGAAAUUACAGCAAAAUGUCUUGAUUGUGUGGGUAAAGGUAAAAUCAUUGGUUAGAUUGUUUGCUAGCUGAACCAUGAAGACAUUAUGAAGUUAGGUAUACUACCCUCCUCUAAAAGUAGACUAUAGUCUAACAGAUAACUAAUUCUCUGUUUGUAGGAUUAUGUUGGUCUAAAAGGAGGGUAGUAUACUUAACUAUACAAUUAUUGCAUGGUUCAGCUAGCAAGCAAGCUUAUCAAAGAUAUUUCCUUUACCUACACACUCGAAGUAUUUUGCUGUAAGAGAAGUCGUCCAUUAUAAAUAGUUUGAAGGCCUAAAGUGCUGUGUAUUGAUUUCACUCAUUGUUAUUUCAUAUUAUCAUUGUUAAAAGUUAUAAAACAUAUUUGAAAUUUAUCUACCCAAAAAAAAUUGAGAGAUCAACUUCUAAUUGAAUGUUCUGUUAUAAAGCUGUAAUAUCACACAGAAAUUGUUCAUUCAGUCAAUCAGUAUGCUGUUAGUCAUGCUUUAUAUACAACAACUUGUAUAAAUACCAAAAUAAUAUUGAGUUGUUUCAUGAUAAAAGGUAAGUGAAGGAAUAGGCAAGUUGUAAAUUCAACUAUAAAGUGUUUUUAGUUUGUCUAGAUA